UAGCCUACUUGAAGCAUCCGGGAACCUCGCCAUAGUAGUAGACAUGGCGGGUAUCAACCUGGCUAAAUGACGAAAUAAAUUUUGUUUGGUAAUAUAAGAUCGUGUUAAUUUCGUAGAAAAAGUGUUGAUACUAAAAGACUAAUUAAGUUAUAUUGGAUUAGGACAAAGAUGCAGAAUGUUGGACAGUCUGAAAACCGAAAUAUCGAUAAGGUGAAUGUGCAACUUGAUGUGGUAAAAUCGUCCACUCCUCAAAGUUCGGCUUCGAGUCCGGCCAAAUCUGAAACCGAAACGUAUUCAGGAGCGCCUGCCAAAUACAUGACGGACUCUUCGGAGAGCGAGGAUGACUCUGUGUCCGAGAUCUUGCUGGCUUGUUUGUGCCUUAGCAGGCCAGACCUGUUGGCGGAGAUGGAAGAGGAAGGUGGUGGUGCAGAGCCAUCAAAGUUCCUGUUAUCCCACGAUGACCCAGAGCGGGCUGUUGACCCAGAGAUGCAGGCUCGACUAGAAGCUUUGCUUGAAGCAGCGGGCAUCGGCAAGCUAUCCGGUGAGGGCAAGCACCUCGCCGACCCGGAGGUGCUUCGGCGGUUGACGUCGUCGGUGUCGUGCGCGCUCGACGAGGCGGCCGCCGCGCUCACACGCAUGCGCAGCGACCAGCCACCACCACACCACCGACACCACCAUCAGGACAAAAAUUUUAGUCAACAAUGUGGGUCGAGUGCAACGGGAACAACACCUACGGUAGCGUCGUCGGUCGGCGCGGACGGCGCGCCAUCGCUAGCGGAGGCUUGUUCCGACGGCGACGUGGGCACCGUCAGGAAACUGCUCACCGAGGGCCGCUCCGUGCACGAGACCACGGAGGAAGGAGAGUCGCUGCUCUCGCUCGCAUGCUCCGCGGGAUACUACGAGCUCGCGCAGGUGCUGCUAGCCAUGCACGCCAGCGUAGAGGACCGCGGCAUCAAGGGUGACUGCACCCCGCUGAUGGAGGCGGCGAGCGCGGGCCACGUGGACAUCGUGCGCCUGCUGAUCGCGCACCACGCCGACGUCAACGCCGUGUCGGGGUCCGGCAACACGCCGCUCAUGUACGCGUGCGCCGGCGGACACGAGGAGUGCGUGCGCGCGCUGCUCGAGAGCGGCGCCAACGUCGAGGACCACAACGAGAACGGACACACGCCUCUUAUGGAGGCUGCGUCAGCGGGACACGUGGGUGUGGCCAAGAUCCUCUUGGAGCACGGCGCAGGCAUCAACACGCACUCCAACGAGUUCAAGGAGUCGGCGCUGACGCUGGCGUGCUACAAGGGCCACCUGGACAUGGUGCGCUUCCUGCUGGCGGCGGGCGCCGACCGCGAGCACAAGACGGACGAGAUGCACACGGCGCUCAUGGAGGCCAGCAUGGACGGACACGUCGAGGUCGCGCGCCUACUGCUCGACUCCGGCGCACAGGUUAACAUGCCGACUGACAGUUUCGAAUCGCCUCUUACUUUGGCGGCGUGCGGUGGCCAUGUUGAAUUAGCGAUGCUACUUCUAGAACGAGGAGCGAAUAUCGAGGAAGUGAACGACGAAGGCUACACCCCACUCAUGGAAGCCGCUAGAGAAGGCCAUGAGGAAAUGGUGGCAUUACUACUGGGUCAGGGAGCAUCGAUCAACGCGCAAACAGAAGAAACUCAAGAGACUGCAUUAACGCUGGCGUGUUGCGGCGGAUUCCUCGAAGUGGCCGACUUUCUCAUCAAAGCGGGCGCCGACGCCGAGCUAGGAGCCUCCACACCUCUCAUGGAAGCUUCUCAAGAGGGACACCUUGAGCUCGUGCGGUACCUGCUGAAGGCGGGCGCGGACGUGAACGCGCAGACGCAGACGGGCGACACCGCGCUGACGUACGCGUGCGAGAACGGACACACCGACGUGGCCGACCUCUUGCUGCGGGAGGGCGCGCAGCUCGAGCACGAGAGCGAGGGCGGCCGCACGCCGCUCAUGAAGGCGUGUCGCGCCGGACACGUCUGCACCGUGCAGUUCCUCGUCGGGAAGGGUGCAGACGUAAACCGCAUGACCGCUUUGGGUGAUCACACGCCGCUCUCACUAGCGUGUGCGGGCGGGCAUGUGGACGUGGUGAAGUUUCUGUUGGCGUGCGACGCGGACCCCUUCCGCAAGCUGAAGGAUAACUCCACCAUGCUCAUCGAAGCGGCCAAGGGAGGCCACGCAGCCGUCGUGCUUCUCCUGCUAGACUACCCGCACUCCGUCAUGUUACCGAGGGGUAACGCGACGGCGGAGGAGGCGGGCGGGCUGAGCGCGGCGCAGGCGGCGGCGUUGGGGCUGGCGCACGCGGCGGCGCCGGGCGCGGCGGGCGGGCCGGCCGGGGCCGCGGCCCCGCGCGCGCUGCUGCCGGCCGCGGCCGAGGCGGGCGCGGGCAAGUUCUCCAAGGUGUACCUGGACGAGCGCGGGCUGGCGGCGCGCAAGAAGCCGGAGCCGGAGCCCAGCAAGCACAAGUGCACGCGCAAGCAGCGCGCCGCGCCGCCCCACUCCGACCACCACCUGCCGCCGCCGCCCGACAUACUCGACGACAACAUUUGCCACCACGCCAUGGCUAAGGUAUCACUCCCGCCGGGGUUUACGUGGAAGGAUGUUAACAAGAAAGUUAAAAUUAAAUGCCAGAUUAAAAAUAAAUGCAACCGGGACCCGCGCGACUGUCUGCCCGACGCCGACCGCAGCCUGCUCGACCUGCCCGACCCCGCAGGUCCACCAACGCUCGCCACGUCGGCGCUGCACGCCUUGGACCUACAGUUCUGCGCUCAAGGUGUGACGACGGUGCACCCGCCCACGACGCCGCCCUACCCGCCGCCGCAGCAGUUGUUCCCCGUGCAGCAACUCGCCACCAACCUCAACCAGCACCAACUGCAGGAGUUGCAACAGCAGCAAUUCCAGCAGCUAGCUGUACAACAACAGCAACAGCACCAGCAGCAACAGCAUCAGCAGCAGCAACAGCAGAAAAAGCAACAGCAGCAGCAACAACAGCAGCUGUACGUGCAAGAGUUGCAGCAGAGGCCCGAAGCCUUCGCGGCGCAGUUGGUGGAGGCGGCCGAGGGCGCGGGCGGCGCGGAGGCCGCGGGCGUGGAGGCGCGCGAGCUGGGCGCCGUGCUGGCCUACCUGCAGCGCGAGGUGCCGUCGCUGGUGGCGCUGCCGCCCAACGAGCUGCGCUCGCUCGUGCUGCAGGUGAUGCAGCAGAAGUCGCACGAGAUCCUGUCGUCGAAGUGCGCGGAGGCGGAGGCCGACCGCGGCGACGCGGACGCGGACGACGACGGCCACGAGCGACACGCGCGCAGGCUGCUGGAGGAGGCGCUCAGCGCGGACUGGCCGCGCCAGGACCAUCACCAUCACCACCAUCACCACCACCACCACGUCGACGUCACGGCCAGCAAUGGAUGCCAGUUCAGACUACGACCAUCGUCUCCCUCGGGGAAACUCGAGAGUGGCAUAAUCCUAACGCGGGCUGACAACGACAUAUUGACAAUACCUCAAUCGUCUUCUCAACCUCAACCACAGCAGCAACCUCACGCUCAGCCUGAUCUCCAACCACAUUUUGCACUGCCUCCACCGACGCUGCCCUAUGAAGAUUAUAGGUCGGCGACGUUCGCGGCGUCGCACGCGGGCGCGGGCGGCGCGGGGGGCGCGGCGCACGUGUCGCUGCCGGCCGCGGCGCACGGCCCGCCGCCGCAGCCCGCGCCGCAGCACUCCAAGCGCGACCAGCACCACCACUCCACCGCCAAGAAGAAGAAUCGCUUCGCGGGCACGGGUAGAGGCUGCCGGUCGGGCGAGGCGUUCGGCACGGCGACUCCCCCCGCGCCGGCGCCGGCCGCGUACUGUGCCAUGGACGUAGACGGCGAGACCGACUCCAACCAUGACACGGCGCUCACGCUGGCCUGCGCCGGGGGACACGAGGACCUCGUCGAGCUACUGCUCAGUCGGGGCGCGGAUAUCGAACACCGGGAUAAAAAGGGUUUCACUCCGCUAAUUCUAGCGGCGACUGCCGGCCACGAAAAAAUCGUGGAAAUCCUUUUGAACCACGGUGCCGAUAUCGAGGCACAGUCGGAGCGAACAAAAGACACUCCGCUGUCGCUGGCGUGUAGCGGCGGGCGAUACGAAGUGGUGGAGCUCAUCCUCAGCCGCGGCGCCAACAAGGAGCACCGUAACGUCUCCGACUACACCCCCCUCUCCCUCGCUGCCAGUGGUGGAUAUGUGAACAUCAUCAGGUUACUGCUCACUCAUCAGGCUGAAAUAAAUUCUCGAACUGGUUCGAAACUCGGUAUUUCCCCUCUCAUGUUGGCUGCUAUGAACGGGCACACGGCCGCCGUCCGCCUGCUGUUGGAUUGCGGCUCCGAUAUCAACGCGCAGAUCGAGACCAACCGCAACACCGCUCUCACCCUCGCCUGCUUCCAAGGGCGGCACGAGGUGGUGAGCCUGCUGCUGGACCGCAAGGCCAACGUGGAGCACCGCGCCAAGACGGGGCUGACGCCGCUCAUGGAGGCAGCCAGCGGCGGCUACGUGGAGGUGGGCCGCGUGCUGCUGGACAAGGGCGCCGACGUCAACGCGCCGCCCGUGCCCUCCUCCAGGGACACCGCGCUCACCAUCGCCGCCGACAAGGGACACACCAAGUUUGUGGAGCUCCUGCUGCAGAGGCGAGCAGCGGUUGAAGUUAAAAACAAAAAAGGCAACUCUCCCUUAUGGCUGGCAGCGAACGGAGGACAUCUCGCGGUAGUCGAGAUGUUGUACGCUGCCGGCGCAGACAUUGACUCACAGGACAACAGAAAGGUUUCAUGCCUAAUGGCUGCAUUCCGUAAAGGUCACACUAAAGUGGUCAAAUGGAUGGUCGGCGUAGUUACGCAGUUCCCCUCAGAUCAAGAAAUGACAAGGUACAUCUGUACAAUCUCGGACAAGGAGCUCCUGGAGAAGUGCCAGGAGUGCGUGCGCGUGAUCCGCGCGGCCAAGGAGACGCAGGCGGCGCGCGCCAACCAGAACGCCACCAUCCUGCUCGAGGAGCUCGACGCCGAGCGCUGCCGCGAGGAGUCGCGCCGCCAGGCCGCCGCGCGCCGCCGCGAGCGCAAGAAGAAGAAGAAGCUCGAGAAGAAGUCUUGCAUGCAGGAAGAACGGCGUAAGCUGCAAGCUGAAAAUGACAAGAACUCUAUGUAUUGUGACAAGGCACUAGGCGAGUGCUCCGAGGGCGGAGAACCAGACGAUGAGCCCGUCGCUAAGGAAGAAGGAGACUCCGGCAUUGAUGCAAACUCACAGGGUUCCUGUUCGUCUUCCGAUGUAAAAGCUCCGCCAGUUCAAACUACUAAGUCUAAAAAGAAAAAGAAAGAAGAGAAGGCAGCUCCCGCUCCACCUGCACCACCUGCCAAGAAACAACCAGAUAAAAGCAAACCUAAAAUAGAGACAAAACCUGAGAAAGAGAGUACCCCGAAACCUGACAAGAAGCAGGAGAAAGAGAACGUAGCGCCGAGCUCUCCCCCCGCCACCCCAGUGAAGCCCGCGCCGCCGCCUGAGCGCCGCCCGGCCGACAAGAAGGACAACAAAAAACCUGAAGAGGAAAGCCCUAAGAGCAUUACAGUACAGAAUGUUAACAAAUAUGGGAAUAACUCUAGAAAGAGUCAAGUAUUCGAAUCCACUAGGCACAUUGUGGAAAAAGAUGAACUUGAUACAAGCGACAAAAAUAAAAAGACGCACAACACGCAUCAAUGGGAGACGGAAGGCAAGAGCACGUCUCCCAAGGGCGGUUGCGUCGGCGGGCGGCGCGAGGAGGGCUGGAAGGAGGUCGUACGCAAGUCCAGUGUACAAACGCUCUCUACUGUGGAACCUGGUUGUAAGAAAGUGUCAGUGGCGUCCCAUGCAAUCUCUCGAGUGAUUGGGCGUGCGGGAAGCAACAUCAACGCUAUUAGAUCUGCUACGGGCGCUCAUAUUGAAGUGGACAAGCAGAGCAAAGGACAGGGCGAGCGAAUCAUCACUAUCAAGGGCUCAGCGGAAGCGACUAAACAAGCGGGUAUGUUGAUCGCGGCAAUGAUCCGCGACCCCGAGGCGGACAUCGUACAACUCUUGCCGCGAGCCACCGCCAAGCCUGCGCCGCAGCCGUUACCGCUGCAGCCCAAGACACCCAAGCAACCACCGCCCAAGCAGCAGGCCGGCGCCAGCAGCAGCAGCAGCAGCUCUGCCAGCAGCCGCACCACGCCCACUGCGCGCGCGCCCGCCAAGCAACACGUCCGCCCCGCGCCGCCACGUCUGUGUCACACGGUGGUGAGUACGGAGAAGCGCGUGGCGACGUCGAGCGGGUCGGCCGCGAGCGCGGCGGGCGGCGCCAAGGGCCCCGGCGCGCUGUCGUACACGGGCGCCAUCGUGGGCGCGCGCACGCACACGUUCGCCGCCAAGCUCACGGCCGCGCCCGCGCCGCCCGCGCCCACGCAGGCGCCCGCGCCGCCACCGCCCGCCGAGGUCAAGCCCAGGCCGCCGCCGCAGCCGACGAGCGCCCCCAGCAGUAGCCCGGGCUCGGGCCCGGUGGGCAGCGCGGUGUCCCCGCAGAAGACGCGCGAGCCGUCCCCCGGGCCGGCCGCGGCCGCGCCGCUUCACAAGCCCGACGACAGCGACAAGCAGCACCGCCUGCCUGAUCGCACCGUGCAGCUAAGCCCUGAUAAUUCAAGCUCGUGGAGUGCUAACGAGGAAACUACGCCGAACACUUCCACAGCGCUACAUAUUAAUACCACACCCCAACCGACGAGCCGCGCGGGCGGGCAGGAGUACUCCCUGUUCAAGGACGUGUCGGGCGGCGCGGCCGUGUGGGGCGCGGCCGGGGACAACCACCACAACGUCGAGCCCCCGCCGCCACAGGUGACGCACUUCAAUAUGGUGGACGCGAGCAAGGCGCCGGGGUACCGCGGCGGCGGCGGCGGCGCGGGCGGCGGCGUGUCGCCGUGCUCGCGGACCUCGUCCCACGGCAGCACGCCGCCCCCCGCGUACGCGCAGCCCAGCUACCACCAGCCCAUGCCCAUCGGGAACCACGCCAACCACGGUAACAACGUGAACACAAUGGACAUGAGCGGACUUUCUCGGAAUGGACCUAUUUACCAAGACAACUCCAGAAAUGGCCACAACAUGAUGCAACAAGUGUCGAUGUCGAGCGGAGUGAACAUGAGUGGCGCGGCGCUGGGGCUGGGCUACGUGGGCGUGGAGUCCGUGUCGCGCCUCAACCCGCGCGCGCCCGACUUCGCGCAGAGACAUCCUCUCAUGCAGCAGAAACAUAACGCGCAGUUGUUUGCGGGCACUAGCAACGCAGGCAACCUGAGCGCGCUGCUGAUGUCGUACCAGCAGCAACAGGCCAUGCCGCAGUCUCCCAAACCCAUGCAACACGCGCCGCAGCAACAUCACGCCUACCAGUCCCUACUAGAGCGCGGCGUCGGAGUGAGCUCAGGCGGCUGGGGCGAGGAGGAGGAGCGCAAGCCGCGGCCCAUCGGCACGGAGCGCGCCUGGAAGCUCACCGCGGCCGAGGACUGGGGCCACGCGCACGUACACCACCAGCUCGCCGAGCCCGAGCGCUACGGCGCCAUGGGCCACGCCGGCCACGCGCUGGACGGCGCCUACGGCGGCGUGGGCAGCGUGGGCGGCGGCGCCACGGCCGCGGCGCUGUCGCUGAUGCACGCGCUGCCGCUGCACUACCUGCCGCCCGUGGCGGCGCCCGAGCCGCCGCCGCACUGGGACCCGGCGCACGCCGCCGACAAGCAGGUACCUGGCCCGCGCCGCUACUGACGCCGCGUCCGCUGCACUCCGACCUCACCUUUGUCGCUUGUCGCCAGGCUUGGAGCAAGUGGACUCACUAGAGCCGCCCGGGGGGACCCGAGGCCGCGCCGCCGCGUCCGCCCCAGCCCCACAGGAUUAUAUAUAAUUGUAACCCUUGGAAACGGUGUAGAUAUUAGUGAGAAAGAAUUAUAUUAUACAGAUUAUCUAUAUACAUAAUAGAGAAGAUGUCCUAUCGAGAAGAGAACUACUUAUACUGUACGAUCGACUGAAGUGAGCAUUAAACGAUUCAUUAUAAUGAAACUCGUGAGGGGAGUCGGAUGUAGUUUUAUUUGUUACUGCCGCUCGCCGGUCGCGACGUUACGUUUAGACGAAUUAUAGUUAUGUUAUAGUCGGCGUCGCCGUUUCAUCUGAUGUAGAUAUACGCGUAAACGAAUGUAAUAGUAGGUAGCUUGGAAUGUGAUUCCGAAGUGCCGCUGAGUGUUUUGAGUUGCCUUGCGAGCGGUCGCCGCCCGCCGUCUAUUAUACAUAUUUUACACUAUAUUAUGGCAUAAUGCGAUAUUAUUUCGAUGAUUGGUACGCUCGAAAACCAAGGCGGAAUAUUAAACAUGUAUUAAUAAAUUUGCUUGUACAUGAAGAUUAAAUAUCGAUAUAUUGAUGCACUGUA